AUGGGGCGUGCAUUCAAUUCUUCAAUGAAUGUGGAGAAGAUGAAGAUAAAGAGAGUUAGAACUCGUUGCUUUCAAGUUCUAUGCUCUUCUGAGCGUUCUAGCUUCGAAGAUGAUGCUGAUAAUGGGAGAGGUCAGGUUUCAUCACGGGUGAUUUUGGUGGAGAGAUAUAGCAAUGGUACUUCUAAGAGGUUUUUGCUCAACUAUACCCGAAAUUUUGUCUCUUUCCUUCGAUAUGUGUUAGGUGAUAAUUCGCAGUUGCAAACCUUUCUUGUUGAAGAGGAAAGGUCUACUACGUCAAACAAGGAUCCACAUUCCAUAGAUUCUGGAGUUUUAGCUUCAGUGAUUCUGUACCGUUGGGGACAAACCAUUUGUUUACUUAACUUUCUCAGUCAUGAUGCAGGAUCAGUUUCAGAUGAUUACUUACGUUACAUGUUACUGCAGUUCCCUACCAAUGUGACUGGAUGGAUCUGUAACACCCUAGUCACUUCGAGUCUCCUAAAGGCUGUUGGUGUUGGCUCUUUCUCUGGAAGCACAGCAGCUGCUUCUGCUGCUGCCAUCAGGUGGGUCUCAAAGGAUGGCAUUGGAGCUGUUGGACGCUUAUUCAUCGGCGGGAGGUUUGGAAGUCUUUUUGAUGAUGAUCCCAAGCAAUGGAGAAUGUAUGCGGACUUCAUUGGCAGUGCUGGAAGCAUAUUUGAUCUGACAACCCAACUAUAUCCUGGCUAUUUCCUUCCUUUGGCAUCUCUUGGAAAUCUUACCAAGGCUGUAGCAAGAGGACUAAAAGAUCCUUCUUUUCGUGUGAUUCAAAAUCACUUUGCAAUUUCAGGAAAUCUGGGAGAAGUAGCAGCAAAGGAAGAAGUUUGGGAAGUGGUUGCUCAACUGGUUGGCCUUGCUUUAGGCAUAUUGAUUCUGGAUACACCAGGCCUUGUAAAAUCAUAUGGCAUACUUUCAUUGACUUGGUUGAGUAUGCGAUGUCUGCACCUUUGGCUACGCUAUGAGUCACUUUCAGUUCUCCAGUUUAACACAAUAAAUCUAAAGCGUGCUCGCAUACUGGUAAAAUCAUAUGUAUUACAUUCUACUGUUCCAGGUUACAAUCUGACAAACUGGAUACUAUGCUGUAUCAGUUAUUUCCCUUCUCAGAUGUUCAAUUUGCCGAAUGGUUUUAUGUCAGGAUGCACAGAUUGCAACAGAGAAGAGAAUAUAUUAGCUUGGUCGCAAUUCAUGAAGCCAAAAAUAAUUUUUGGCUUGCCCUUGGAGAAAAUGGAUGGUGUGGAGAGAUCUCACUUUAUGGUGGAAGCACUUCUAAAAUUAUAUGCAAGUGAGAAAUAUAUUCUUAUGGUGAAUCAGGAGCAAGAAGAUCUGAGGUUUUAUGUUUCUUUCAAGGUUGGAGCCACAAGUGUUUCAGUAUUACGAAGUGUAUGGCAGACUUUCUGGCUAAGUGAGAACUGGGAUAGCAAUGUUAAUAUUUGUGAUAAAAUCGCUAACAGCCUAAUGGAAUUGGAAGAAAGGUUUGAGGAUUUCAUUCAAAAGUUGACAGAUGCAGAAUGGGAUACCCAACAAUUAAAUUUGAAGGUUCCCCGAAACCUCUUUAUUGAUGAUAAUACCAAUCCUCUCUAA